AUGUCGUCGUUCCAGCCUCAGGAGAGCGCCGCUGCAGCCCCGAAGCUGUGCGCCGCCGCCUGCUGCGGCUUCUUCGGCAGCCCGGCCACGCACGGCAUGUGUUCCGUCUGCUACAAGAAGCACCACGGCAUCGUCAGCGGUGGUUCAAGCGCCGCCACGGCGGCGGUGGCGGCGCCCGCCACCGGCAUCUGUUUCUCACCCGCUGCAGGCGUCGCUGGAGCCGUCUUACCGCCCUCCUCCGCCGCGCCCGAGGUGCAGCGGCCAAGCCGGUGCGCGGCGUGCUGCAAGAAGGUGGGGAUGACGGGGUUCGUGUGCCGGUGCGGGAAGACCUUCUGCGGGAGGCACCGCUACGCGGAGGAGCACGGCUGCGCCUUCGACUUCAAGGGCGCCGGCCGCGAUACCAUCGCCCGUGCCAACCCGCUCAUCAAGGGGGAGAAGCUGCCCGGCAAAAUCUGA